GAUUUUGUGAUGAUUAAUUAUUAGUAGUCUCACUACUUUCCUCCAAAUAAAACGAGACGAAAGAGUGAUUUUCACUUUUCUCCUCAUCAAACAAUUUUAUAUCCAUUCCUGUUUAGAUUUACAUCAACAUGUCGAUGGAUUUGGACCCCGGUGUCCCUAUUACGGAUUAUAAUGCCCAGCAACAGCCGGAAGCGACGAUCCUUUGUUGCAACUGUGGCGCUCCUAUAGACGGCACAAUUUCAGCUGGCGCAUUAUGCCAUGAUUGUAUAAAACUUACCGUUGAUAUCAGCCAGGAUGUUCAACGUGAAUCCGCUCUUCAUUUCUGUCGUGAUUGCGAGCGAUGGCUCCAACCACCAAACACAUGGGUCAGUGCAGCACUCGAGUCGCGAGAGUUACUUGCAUUGUGUCUCCGGAAACUUCGAGGCUUGUCGAGAGUCCGUAUCAUCGAUGCCAGCUUUAUUUGGACCGAACCACAUUCGCGUCGUAUCAAGGUCAAGAUCACAAUACAACAGGAGGCGUUCCAGGGCACGAUUCUCCAACAGACUUUUGAGGUCGAAUAUGUGGUAUCUACACAACAGUGCCCUGACUGCGCCAAGUCUUUCACCCAUCAUUCGUGGCGAGCUUGUGUCCAAGUCCGUCAGAAAGUCCCCCACAAACGAAGCUUCCUCUACCUCGAACAGUUAAUGCUCAAACACAAUGCUCACCGAGACACAAUCAACAUUAAGGAGGCCAAGGACGGUUUAGAUUUCUUCUUUUCGCAAAGAAACCAUGCCGAGAAAAUGGUCGAUUUCUUGUCGUCCGUGGUGCCCGUGCGUGUUAAGAAGUCUCAAGAACUUAUAUCGAUGGAUAUUCAUACCUCGGUACGACAAUAUAAGAUUACAUAUUCCGUCGAGUUGAUACCCAUCUGUAAAGAUGAUCUUGUCGCUCUUCCGAUGAAAAUGGCAAGAUCGCUGGGAAAUAUCAAUCCGUUGACUUUGUGCUUCCGAGUCGGCACCUCGAUCAGUCUCCUCGAUCCCAACACAUUGCAAACAGCUGAAGUGCCAUCUGCCAUAUAUUGGAGACAGCCUUUCAAGAAUUUAGCCGACGUGCAGGAACUAGUUGAGUUUGUCGUCAUGGAUAUUGAGCCCGUGGGCGAGUCAAAGGGACGCUUCUUCUUGGCCGAGAUUACAGUGGCGCGUGCUUCAGAUAUGGGAGUGAACGACAACUCCUAUUUCACAAGAACACAUUUGGGCGGCGUCCUCCACGUUGGAGACUCCGUACUCGGCUAUCACUUGACUGGAACGAAUUUUAAUGAUCCCAAUUUUGACGCUAUUCAAGAGAGCAACCAGUACGCUUCCACCAUCCCAGACGUGGUGCUAGUCAGGAAAUACUAUGCUCGUAAGAAGAAGCCCAAGUCGCGCAACUGGAAACUCAAGCGCAUGAAUUAUGAAGAGGAGGAGCCUGGGCGCAAGCAAGAUGCAGAUCGCCUUGAGGCCGACUUUGAGAUGUUCCUGCGUGAUAUUGAGGAGGAUCAAGAGCUUCGAAGCACAUUGUCUCUGUAUAAGGCCAAGAACGAGACUCGCCCCCGCCCUGAUAGGAUGGACGUUGUCGAGGAGAAGGAUGAAAUGGCCGAUGAUAGUAGUGACGAUGAGGUGCCGAAGAUCAACAUGGACGAAUUGUUGGACGAGUUUGAUGAGUUGAAUAUGGACGAUGCGGAAUGAUUUGCAUCUGGAUAUGGUAAAAAUAGGAUGUCAUGAAGAAAUGAAUGGACUAAAUGUGCAUUUGUGGUUAGAUAUCAGGCGUUUGUGGAGUCACUAUUCAAACUUGGAAAGUACAUACAAAAGUACCGACUUGAUACCUUAGAAUUGAUGCUUCAGUAUUUU